CAGCAGCACAAGCUUCUGCAUCAGCACCAGCCCCGGAUCCAUUAUUUGACCCAGACGCCACUCCUACCCCUCCUGGACAUCUCAUUGAAGGUGAUAUAUCUUUUCUUGUUAACAAUGUCUCUGGCAACAGCUGGUUCUCUAUAGCCACCACCAAUUUUACAACAUGGAUUUAUCAAGCAAAGAAUGCUAUUCGGGGUAAAAAUGCCCCCUAGGCCAUCGAAAUCACAGCCCUUCCGUCAAAGUUGAAAGUUUUCACAUUGGAACAAUUGAAGGAAGCAACCUUCGAUUUUAGAAAUGACAUGGUCCUGGGAAAGGGAGGGUUUGGCAGUGUCUGCAAGGGUUCACUAAAAGAAAAGGUGCCUUUUAAGAAAAGCAGGAAACGGCGAAUUGCUGUCAAGAAAUUGGAUUCUGACAGCAAGCAAGGUCUUCGACAGUGGCAGAUAGAGGUUGGUUUCUUGAAAAAGCUUUCUCAUCCCAACAUUGUGAAGUUGCUGGGAUACUUUCAAGAAGAAGAAAAUAGAGAGUUGCUUAUUGUCUAUGAAUUCAUGGAGAAGGGUAGUUUAAAUUACCAUUUGUUUGGAAAACGAUCUAAUCAGCAACUUCCUGAGGAAACAAGACUGAUGAUUGCAACAAAAUUGGCUCAAGCCCUGUCUUAUUUGCAUUCUAUGGAUAGGCCAAUAAUUUUCAGAGAUUUCAAGACCUCAAAUAUAUUACUUGAUGAGUCUUAUACACCGAAGCUGUCAGAUUUUGGCUUAGCAAAAUGGGGACCCAAUGAUGGCACUUCAUAUGUAACAGGAAAUGUUAUGGGUACACAUGGUUAUGUUGGUCCGGAAUAUAAGACUGGAGGGAAACUGUAUGUAAAGAGCGAUGUGUAUAGUUUUGGAAUAGUUUUGAUCGAGUUGCUAACAGGCUUACGGGCGAUCGAUAAAAAAACGCUCGCCUAAGCAACAAGACCUGCAAGAAUGGGCUUUACCAUUUCUAACCGACAGAAAAAAGCUGAGACAAAUCAUGGACCCCAGAUUGCAGGGGAAGUAUGGUAGCAAACAAGCUUUGAAAAUAGCAUGCUUGCCGUUAGAUAUCUUUACUCGCAUCCCAUGAUCCGGCCAUCAAUGAAAGAAGUUGCUGAGACACUGGAACGAGUAAAGCAUCGGACUUGGCAUUAGUACGAAGACAUUUGAAAAACUUCCAUUGCUGUUUCUUUCAUGUUUCUUCUUUGAGGGAAGGAAGCAAAGGGUUGAGCUGAUAAGGUAUACAAUAUUUAUUUAUACUUAUGGCUGAAGUGAUUCUAUCAAUCGAUCAAUGAAUCAGGUUUGCCCAUUAGAAUUUAGUACAAGUAUUCUUGCACUUCUAGGUA